AUGGCACCAUUCAAGUUGCUGCUUCUCUCCAUCAUACUGCAGCUUGCUGCCACCGAUUUGAAUUACACCGUCAUCGCUGUUGAUAUCCGAGGAAUGGGGCAGUCUACGAUACCGUCUAGUCACGACUUCCCUUCCGCUACCGCAUCUGAAGAUCUGAAAGGCACCUAUCUCGUGGCGCACGACAAGGGGAAUGGCCAAUCCGCUGCACUUAAUGCCAAGUAUCGCUCACUGGUAAAGCGUGCUGCCUAUACCGAAUAUGUUCUUCCAGGCUUUGGCUACGAGAGGGUUUUUUCUCCAGAGCUCGGUGUAACCGGCCUGUACCAGAACUGGCAGCUCGCCUUUUUCUCCGUUCCUGAUGCUGCACAGUACUUCACUCAAGGCCAGGAAAAGCAGAUGCUAGCCUGGUAUUUCUGGCAUGCGUCAUAUUCUGGCAACUCGGUAAUUUCGCAGGACUACUUAGACAGAUAUACGCGCGAGAUCUCGAAGGCGGGCUAUCUGCGGUCUGGGCUUGAGUACUUCAAUACCGCCGAGGAUGACGCUGUAUUUUUCAAUUCGACAUUCAUUAGGCGUCCAACGAUUAGAGAAUCCGGCUCUAGUACUAGGAGGAGAAGCGGACCUGGCACCCGUGGCGUUGCUGGAGCAGACCUGGGACCCGAUCUUGCAGAAUCCCAGCUACGACAUCGUUCCGAAGGCUGGGCAUUGGCUCGGUAG